AUAAGAACGAGGGUCUUUCACCGGGUUCUGGAAGAACCCACUGGGCGUCUAGGGGUCGCGUGAACGUGCAGUUUUCAGUGUUUUCUUUGGUUUUCUUUGUUUCCGCUGAGAAGUUGAUACAAACCUUUAAAUCGGAACGUGCAGCAGCACUUGCCCGGCAGCCUUGCGUGGCCUAUACGGGACACAGUUGUCUGUUUUUGUUCCAUACGGCAGAAGAUCGAUUAAAAGAACUGCUCGUGUCGAGUUUGGACUUGGCGUUCAACAUCACAAGCAUCUCAUUCAGCACCACCCCAAGCGUUCAUUUCAUCAGCAGCAGCAGCAUUGUUACAAUGGAUGCUUUCGAAAUUGUAUCAAAGGUCUUCUCGGUAGCAGAGGAGCUGUACAAAACAUUCCAGCAAGUAAAGUCCAACAGAUACCAAUGUCAGAGGUUGGUGGACAGGGUGAAGAUGGUCAUAGACUACCUCCAAAGGAAGGAGCAGGCGGCCUCGUCUGAGGGCGCCUCCGGCAAAUCCAAACACCCUGACAAGAUGCCCUGCAGGGCCCGUAGCAAUGCUUUCGUACAGCUCAUCGAGGUCAUCGUGCAGAUCAAGGAAUACAUCGAGAAGUAUGAGAAUUACGGGGCCAUUAAGAAAUUCAUGAAGAGUAGCGAUGCCCAGGAGAACUUCGAACUCUUCCACGAGCGACUCAACGACAUCAUUCCCAUGAUCACCCUGCAGGAUAUCAACACGCUGGACAAGACGCAAACCUACAUAUGCCCGCAGAAUAUCAUGGACGCCACGAAGGACUUCCGUGAGGACCUCACACGGCUUAUACUGAACGCUGUGCUCACAGAGACGGGCAGGGCCAGCGAAUCCCAGCAGGAAGAAAUGAAAAAAACAAUCAGCACCAUCUUAAACAUUGCCAAGGAUCUCGGGAAGUCUAGACACCCUGUGGAAGAGCUCCGGGAGAUAAAGCUGGAUGAGAUUGUGAACCGGAAAAAAGACAUUACCACCAUCAAGUACUCCAUGUACAAGGGCGAGUUUUGCCAGUUCCCCGUUUGGAUCAAGCAUUUUAAAUCUGACAUGAGUGCGUCAUGUGACCACAAGCAAGCAGCCAACCAGAGUGCAUAUGCAGCGGGGUCCAAGAAUGUCAUGUUGGAUGAAGCUAAGAAGAUGCGGGAACUUGACUCUGAGAAUAUUAUCAGGCUCUAUGGGAUUAUCGUGGACCCUUCGGCGAGUUUCUUUGCUAUCGUGAUGGAGUACUGCAGCCGUGGCACCCUCCGUGAGCUGCUGCAGUCUGAGGAGCCACUCAGCUGGCGCAGCAAGGUUCACAUGGCCAUGGAGGGGGCACGUGCCCUCUGCCGAAUGCACAGCAUGAAGAGCCCAGUGUGCUACCGCAACGUGUGCACGGAUAAGUUCCUGGUCAACGAGCACUACACCAUCAAGCUCUCCGAUCUUGGCUUUGCCAGGACCUGCACAUCCAUCUGCCGUAGCAGCACGAACCGGAACUCUUCGGAGUCGAUGGCAUUCAUCGCUCCUGAGAGACAGAGGGACCUCAACUACAAACCCAUUCCCAGCUGCGACAUCUACAGCUAUGGUGUUGUGAUGUGGGAAAUUGCUGCACGCAAGAUUCCUUUCGAAGGCAAAGACAUGAAGGAAAUUCGUAGCAUGGUGAUAAAGGGCGAGAGUGAGCCACUGCCGGAGGACUGCCCUGAGGUCUUGAAAACUCUGAUCGACCAAGCGCGCGAGUGUGAUGUUCCUUUGAGGCCAGGCGCCGCAGAGCUGGUGAGAAAACUUCUCCAUCUUCACGAGGACCUGGACCUUUGAAGAUGUCAAGAGCAAUACAUUCGCUGUGGACAUACACUGAUGCACACAAGAAUAAUUAUGCAUUUACACACAAAACUAUCCCAUACACUCAUAUCAAGGUGGCAUUUCCACCGAUACAAAUGUCCGGGUAUGCAAAUCACCUGACCAUAAUGUAUGCACUAAAUAAACGCAAUGUAUUAUUCUACAGGUCCAAAGCCAAAUUUGGAAUUGUUGAAUUAUGUUUGUACAGCCAUAAAACAUGACUGUGCCAGUGUGUAAUGGUUUAAUACGUUUAUCCUUUGUGCAAAAGAUAAUUUCUCAAUGCGUAAAAAACAUAAAAUUUUUCCUACUGUUGAUUGUAAUUACUCAUUGAUUUUAUUGUAGUGUAGUGGGAUCCUGUAAACUUGUUUCUAUCAAAAACUAUGCUAAACAAAGCAUGUUGGUGGUAUUGAUACUAAACAAAAUAAAUGUGGCAACCAGACAAACCAGUACUUCCCAUUGAGGUACCAAUAGGUGAACAUGUCUCGUGGGUUUUCGGGCUUGCUGCAUGUUUUAGCACGGUUAGCUAUGUACGGUGCAAAAGAAGGUCUACAUACAAACAUGUUUGGCACGAUGCCCGAUGUUUGGUUGCUAGGAGAAGCUCUUAGUAUGUCAAACGAAAGUGUCCAUACAAGCGCAAAAAGCCUACGCAAUAUGUGAAGUGUCAGAUCACAUGCUGGAUGAGAGCUUCCCCAAGCUGUGUGGAUUGUUCGAUCCGACUUGAGCCGCACCAACCAUCCGCCCAGGUUGAAGGUGGAGAGCGUAGUUGUGGGCUUGUAGAAUCAUCGUACAACAAUGUAUAUUGCUGCGCUCCCUCGUGCUAACAACGAUGAACUGUGGAAGGCAGUUACAUCGGGUUAAUGCCACUUCGCUUCCAAGGUCUGACAAGAAUAAAUAGGUGGCCAUUCGGGGUGAUUUUGACUCGCUCAUAAGUUUAACAAAAAUACAACACUUAAGUGCAUCGGAGUGCGUUCUCUGGCGUUACAAAUUGGUGUUCAAGAGUUUAUAUUUGCAGAAUUGUUAUGUCUUUACUGCAUGAUAACAAUUGUUUCAGCUGGGUGCAUGUUUAAAAUCAUUUUAUGCCAUAAAAUAUUCGAGAUUUUACAAAAGUCUUUUGAAUGUGUUUUUGCCGCGUGGAUUUGUAUCGUGGGCUGGUUUAAAAUGUACUGCUUAUACAGCUGUACUGUAAUUUGUCGAUAUAAAAUGCAACUGGCUCAUGA